AUGGAUUUCGCCGCGCUGAUGUCCAAGGAGCUGGACAAGUCGAAAGGGUCUAGCUCAUCGUCGUCCUCCUCAAAGUACGUCAAGCGUGCCGAUGUCGAAGCGAAGCGAAAAGAGGAGUACCUGGCAGAGCAAGCUCGUCUUGAGGAGGAACGCGAGAAGAAGGCUGCCGCGAAACGCAAGCGGGAAGAAGAGGCUGCGGAAGAGCACAAGAUCCGGGAAGAGAAGCGCCAAAGGCUAGCAGAGGAGUCACGGAAACGAAGGGAAGAGCAAGAGGCCGAGGAAGAAAAAGCGCGGCGACGCAGGCUGGGCCUCCCCGACCUCGUCAAGGCCUCCAGCGAAGAUGUCACAGAGUUGGAAGAAGGCAUGGAAGAUGUGCCCGACGAGGAACUGUUUACAAAACUGCGCGAUCUGGGCGAGCCGGCAACGCUCUUUGGAGAGAGCCACGCAGCCAGACUACGGAGAUACAGACGUCUCACGACGGUAGUGACAAAGGGCCCGAUCCCAACGACGCUGCAGCUUGUCGAGGAGAAGGACAUGAAGGUCGCCGAUACGGUACCCAAGGACAAGGAGGGCCGACGUUGGUUGUUCAGGCAAUUGGCAUCGUACUUUACAAUGGUCCUGACGGAGUACGAGAAGGCAAUGGAGCAGGAGCGACGCGACACCACGGCCAGCAAGACAGCGUACAGCGCCAUGGUGCAGAGUCGCGAGAACCUGAAGCCGCUCUUCCGCAAGUUCGAAAAAUACGACCUGGACGACGACCUCCUCACGCCCAUCGUCGAGAUCGUCAAGGCCGCGCAAGAGCGCCGCUACGUCGACGCCAACGAUGGCUAUCUCCGCCUUUCCAUCGGCAAGGCCGCCUGGCCCAUCGGAGUCACCAUGGUGGGCAUCCACGAGCGCAGUGCGCGCGAGAAGCUGCAUGACGGUGAGCGUGGUCACGUCAUGGGCGACGAAGUCACGCGCAAGUACCUGCAGAGCAUUAAACGCCUCCUCACAUUUGCGCAGGUCCGCUGGCCGCCCACCGACGUGCGGCAAUUGAUGGGUUAA